AUGACGACUGCACUGGCGGACCACGUGCUGCUCCUGGGCUCGAGCCAGGGGAACGAGCUGCUCGUCGCUGAUGCGUCUACUGGCGGGCAACUCUAUUGCUUCAAAAACUGUCGCUCGGCGCUCAAUGGAGUCCACCCAGUGCCGCGCACGGACCACUUGGUGGUAGUGCAGGAAGGCAAGUUGGCGCUCAACCUCUGGAACUGGGGCAAGGACAUGCCCGUGUGGAAGUGUCAUGUGGCCGAGAAGAUGGGUCCAAUCACGUCUUCAAGUUGCGGCAACUUCCUCUUCGCCGGUGCUGAGUCAGGCAAAAUUUACGUCUGGGACGUCAAGACUGGCGAGCUGGUGACGGUAUUCGACGCGCACUACAAGCGCGUGUCGGCUUUGGCACUUACGUCGGAUGAUUCGCACUUAGUCACAGCAGGUGAAGACGCUUUGGUGCAUGUAUGGAGACUCGUGGACUUGCUAGACGAACCAGACGCAGCUUCGAGCUUCCAACAAGGUGUCACACCCGUGGUGAGCUUCACAGACCACGUGCUACCCGUCACGUCGCUGCAUGUGGGUCUAGGCGGUGUGAAUGCCCGCAUCUACACCUCCUCUCUGGAUCGUACGUGCAAGAUCUGGUCGCUCAAUUCGCCUCAGUGCCUGUACAGCGUCUCCUGUCCGUCGUACGUCAACGUGUGCAUUGCUGACCCCAUGGAGCAGCGGCUAUUCAUGGGCUGUGGCAAUGGACACAUCUACGCACUGGACUUGAAUGCUGCUGCCACAUCCGUCACAGCAGCGACGGCACGUGUGGCUAAUGCUUCGACAGGAUCUUCGUCUACCAACGCUGCUCCUUGGGGUCCCGAGGCGCUGCUGCCGGAUUCGUUCGAGGGUCAUGAAAGCAGUGUCACUACACUGCAGAUCCACGCCAGUGGGGCCUUCUUAAUGUCAGGAGACGAGAGCGGGGCUGUGCAUGUGUGGGACAGCAUCAGUCGCCAGUCACUACGCAACAUCAAGUUGUUCAAGGGCAAAGUCACAGCGCUGGUUUUGCUUCCUAGACCACGACACCUUUUCCGUCAGGCGAAGACAGCAUUCAAUAUGGAGAGCGAAGACUUGGACGACAUGUUGGCCACACCCCUACCAGUCGCCCCGCUCAAGAAAUAUAUGAACGCCACCGACAACUAG